AUGACAGAUUGGGCUGAGCAAGACCCGUCGGCGGACCGGAUCGGUCAAUUGCUUGAAGAAAUCAAACAUGCAGUCUACGAGUAUGGCGAAGUGCAUCGUGCUCAAGGCAUGGACGAAAACGAACACCAACCCACCCUCCACCAACACUCAAAGUACAUCUACGGCCUAACAAAAGAGUAUCUCAGCUACGAUCCCAGUCACGCAGGCAUCCGUAAGUUGUACAGGUGGUUCGGCCAGACCAUCCGAGGCCUAUUUCCUGGCCAUCACAACCUACACCCAGAGCAGCACAAGCUCUACCAUCGAGACAUCGCCGCCGGCCAGGAUGAUGAAGAUAACAUGUCCGACAUGGAUCCAGACCUAAUGGACGACAGCGAUGAUGAAUAUGACGAUGGUUACGGGCAUGAUCAGGGUAACAGUGAAGGUCAGUACGAUCAGCACUACGACGAUGGGUAUCAUGACAAGGGUACUGAGGAUGACUGUUGCUGCGGAGGACAUCAUGGUCGACGUCACCACGGACAUCAUGACGGGUGGAAUAGCAAGGGGGAUGACGGUGGCCAGGAUGGGUGGGAUGGAAACGGAGAACACGACCCCCAGGACCACGGAGAUUACGACCAAAAUAACGAUUGGAAUGAUCACGGCGAAGACGGUCAAUAUAGCCACCACGACGGAGGAGAUUAUAGCGACGAAGGGCAUGAGCAUGAGCAUGAGCAUGAGCACCAACAUCAACAUCAACACCAAGGCCACGGCCAAUGGGGAGACGAUUAUUAG